CUAAGGGGCCAUUCAUCAGGAAGCUCUCCAGAGUCAUUCCAGACCAUAGUCAAGUCGGCAGCGCGACAGAGCUAGUGCCAAGGUUGUCACAUUCCAGAUGCCGAUGCUGUUGCUAUAAUCUGUUCAGAAGAAGACAUGGCGUUGUGAUCGACUGGAACUCUAAGGGCAGAAACACUUUAUUGUGUUAUCUUCUGGAUGAAGGGAAUAUACCGGACAAAGGGAUUGAAUGGGAGCGAGCGAGGCUCCGGGAGACCGUAGGACCAGGACGCACCGCAGCCAGAAGCAUAUGGACAGGAAUGUCUCGUUGCGCGCCGCCGUUCCACUGUCUUCCACCAGCACCACUGUUUCUCCUGCUGCUGUUCUCGACGGGGGGUGCGCUGGAUGUGGUGGAUCAAGCAUCCAGGUUAUUCUGCAGCAAGGGAUUGACUGACUGCUCAGUGACAGAGGUAUCUCUGUACAGUUUUCCCUUUGAGGACCAGGAGCUCACAGUGGACGUUGAACGUGUCGACCUCAACGUGGUGCUCUGCUGCUCAGACAGGGAGGACUGUAAACCCUGCCUGCAAAUCUUAAUCGCAAUCCAAGGUGAAGACUUGGAACAUGAAAAGCAGGAAUCAGAGAAGUCGAUGGAACCUGGUAACGAAGAAGAAGAGAGAUUUGGCACAAAACAACAGGGAGAGGGAAGUGGUGGAGUGAGUGGGCUAUCCAACCCAACAGCUUCGGUCAAGGUGUGUCUGAGCUCUCCGGGCAUCGGCUACUGCAAGGCAGUGGAGUUUCGACCUGUCAAGAGAUUUCAGAAACACGUGCCGGAGCACAGGCUGUGGCUGAUGCUGAGGGAGGAGGUGAAGUUUGGCAAUCCUGUGGUAGUUCAGGUGCACUCCAGAUCCAGGAAGUGCUUCAACCUGACGGUUCCAUCCUUAGAAGAAGUGUGCCUCCUCAACCUAGACGCCAGUGUCAAGGACUGUCACGCUCCCAGACUCGAGGUUGUCGCUGAUAGUGAGACAGAUCAGAUCAUCCUUAGACUGGACAUCACAGACCCCUACACAGAGACAGUCCUGUACCAAAAGUUCUGGAAUGACAUGCCUGGAGAGGUUCUUGAAUGGCCAAAGGGCCAAAAAGAAAUCAACAUUGCGACAAAUGCUGUAGCACCGUGCCUAUGCUUCCAGGUAUGGUUGAAGGGAAAGCCACUUCGUAGGAGAUCCUGUCCCUUCAAAAACUUGCAAGGAAUUAUUGAAAAAAUGCAGACCAAUGUGACUGUGUCCAUGUCCGUGGCCCCGCUGAGAGGGGCCAACCAUGGGAGCACGAGGCAGGCUACGGCGUUGAGCUGGAAUGUCACUGCCCCCUGCAGGCUGAAGGGAGAAGUGUGGCUCUGCAAGAAGGACUCCGCAGGGGGUGUUUGUGAGGAGGUUACUGGCUCAAGACAGAGUCUGUACAACCACACAGAUGAUGGCUGGCGAGCCACAGCCAAUGGGCAUUGGAAAAAUGGGGAGUUUGUGAACAUGUCAUCGCACCCUACUCUCUGUAUUCAGGUCAUGCUACAUGGGUCGCAUUCAAACCUGGAACCACACUGUCCCUUUGCGGAGCCCCGAUGGAGAUGGAGUUUGCUUAUCUUCUUCGGCCUCCUUCUCAUGUGCAUGUCUUUACUUGGGGCAUAUUUGCUCCAAGGACUACUUAAAGGUUACGCUUGGAGAUGGUUUAAGGAGAGCGACGUCAAAGGCAUGGUCGCCGGGAGCCAUGUUGUGCUGCUGCACCAAGCGGACGGGGGGAUGGCUCUGCCGGUGCUGCUGUCCCGCCUGGGCUCCUCCCUCCAGGCCCUGGGCUUCAGCGUGUCCCUCGACCUCUGGAGCCAGACGGAGCUGGCCGUGCUGGGCCCCGUGCCCUGGCUCCACUCCCAGCUGGACCGGGUCCAGAGGCAGGGGGGAAAGGUGGUGCUGGUCCUGACCCAGGCUGCCUGGGCCAGGGCGGACGAGUGGGGCGGCCAGGGCUGGGAGAAGGGCGGGGCUAAGAGCAGGGAGAGCAGAGAGGACGGCGAGGAAGAGGAAGAGGAGGCCGGGAAGGGUAGCCCUGUCGCCUCCAAGCACGUAGACGCGUUCAGCGCCUCGCUGAGCUGCGUGCUGGCCGACUACAUGCAGGGCCGCGCCGGCGAGCGCUUCCUCCUGGUGCAGUUUGAGUCUCUGCCUCCCCAGGCGCCCGGCUCCAACCGCCCGCUGCCCGAGCUGUUCCGCGGCCUCUAUCUCCACUGCCUCCCCUCCCAGAGCCUGGCCUUCCUGACGGACCUGGCCGGGGGGAGGCACGGGUCGUCGGCGUCCGCGAGACGCAAGAAGGCGGGUAAGCUCAGGGUGGCGUCCAGGGUGCUGGCCAGAGGACUUGCGGGGGCGGGGGUGACCAUCCUGCGGCUGGCAGUGCUGCCCCAGGACUGUGUCAGGCCGGGGGAGGAGGAUACCUCGGAAUCAGUGCCCCUGCAGCCGUACGCCACCACCCCUCCUUCAAGCCCGGACACUGGCCCUAAGGAGGCCGGGCUGGCUUGGGUCUGAGAGCGAGGGAGCAAGAGAGCGAGGAAGCAAGAGAGCUAGAGAGCGAGACUAAAGGAUGAGACUUUGAAACUUUUUUUGAAAUUGUUUCAAAGAUCAAAACAAGUAUUCCGCACACUAGUCUACAGUAUUUUCAGGAGCUGUUAUCUUGACUGUAAUUUUGGCCCUUGUCUAAAUGAUCCGCGGACAUAGUCUGUAGAUACAUAUCUCAAUGACAAAACAAGGCAUUUUUAAGUCGUUCCUGCGGGUAAGUAUGCUGCUCUGCUAUCCUCAGAUCUUGGAUGUUGGUUUCAGAUUACUUGAUGAUUUACGUGUGUGUACAUAGCAUGCUUCUAUGUAAAUACUUGUAUUCAAAUGAUUGACUGCUACUAAGAGUUCAUUGUGUGUGUAUUUCAAGUGCAGAACACUGUGUUAACACUAAUUAAAACACAUAAUUUGGAGAAUAUA